ACUACCGAGGGGUCUUGCCAAGGAACGAAGAGGGAGGGGAUAUUUUAAUGGCCGUCAGUAGCACUACCAAAUGCAAAAAGUCCGGAUUAUCCACUAUAUUUAGACAAUACUAGCUACGGGUGCGUUUUGCCCGCUUUUCUUUGGUAACGAACAUUGCUCUUGGGGGUUGGAGAUGUGUUUCUAGUGUUGUUUCUACUGCAGUAAACGGACUUUACCCGCUUGAUUCGUGCGCGAGUGGGAAAUCAGGCCCAACCGGCUGGCUAAAACACAAGCGGACGUUUAGCUAGUCGCCGGAGUUGAAAGGGAAUAUGUAACAUAAAGCAACCGACAUGACAUCCAGAUUUGGUAAAACAUACAACCGCAAGGGAGGGGAGGCCAAUUCGAAAUUUGAUGAGGUCUUCAACAAUAAAAAGCCAACACUGACCACCAAAUGGGGGGAGACCACUUACAAGGCUCAGUUGGGGGGCAAGAGGCCUAUUUUAAAACCUGAAGUUUCUGAGCUUUCCAAGAGGCCCAGGCUUGAGGACAGUGACAGCGACAGUGAUGGAGACCCAUUUGGGUUUGACAGCGAUGAUGAGUCCAAGACUGUAACCUCUCACGUGUCCCAGUCGAAAGUCAAUGAAGGGGCUGUUACAAAGUCGACCGCAGUGCAGGGAGGUGGGACAGCCACUGUUGUUACUUCCGCACAGGGCUCUGCAAGCUCAACAGCCACGUUCACAACCAAGCAAACAUCUGAAGAGAGGGUUGUUAAAAACAACCAGACCUGGUACAAAAGUACAUCAGAUAGCAACCAGAAACCUGCAUGCAAGGCACCUUUGUCAGACACAGUGUCUUCUAAUGAUCAGAACCUCUCAGCGCCAAAGAGGCCCAUCUCCUCUCCGAAUAUAGUCACCUCCCUUAAACUUUUCACUGAUGCACCAGGUGGUAGCAGAGACUUCCAAACCUCUUCCUGUUAUGAUGAACUGCCUUUAGAAGAAAUGAAAGGUGCUGAGCUGGAGCCUGCCUCAGAGCCUCCACCAGAACAAGUGGACAACAUCCCCCCUUCCCCAUUUACCCUAAGAGCCUCAAACUGCAAGAAAUACCAGCGACCCACCAGACAAAACAAAACAUCCUCUGAACCAGCGGAAAACGACAGCAACAAACCCACUGAAGCAGCGAGUGCCCAAGAUAAACCCAACAGUGUCCUUUCUGCUAGCGCAAGUAGUACGGCUGCCAAUGCUAAAACGGCAGCCAAGCCUGUAGGCAGGGGCGGCGGGAGGGUACGGGACUACACUGUUCUGCACCCUUCCUGUCUGUCGGUGUGCAAUGUCACCAUCCAGGACUCAAUUGAGCGAGGCAUUGAUGAACUGGUCACGCCAGCUGUCCCUGCUGACCUUGGAGAUGCAGGCCAGAUGAAGAAGAAGUCAGACGCUCCUCCCCCCAAACCUACCAGGUUUAGACCCACCCAGACAAAGACCAAGAAAACCAAGACUGAGACCAAACUAGAGUUUUUUGGCUUUGAGGACAAAGAGGACCAGGGGGGUGAGGAGGGUCCAGAAGGUGGCAUGGCAGGCAAGAGUAGCUACAAGAUCAAGUACUUUGGCUUUGACGACCUGAGCGAGAGUGACAGCGAUGAGGAGAGCUCUCAGACCAAAGAGAAAAAGGCCAAGAAGGCGGCUGCAGCCUUAGCUGCUCUGAGCUCCGGUGUGGACAGCCCUCAUACAAGUGACUCUCAGGACAGCCAGGCCAGCAGCAAUACAGAUGCUUUUGACUUCUCUGAUGACUCCAGUCCUGGCGUCGCUGAGGGGCAGAAAGGACGCUCAGGGAAGCCAGGUGACAAAUCCAAGGACAUUGGCAGUGGACUCAAAAAGAUCUUCAGUGGACCCAAAAAGUCCCCUGCUAAAGCUGUGUACAACGCUCGCCACUGGAAUCAACCGGAGCCUGAAGAGAUCCCUGUGCCUCCACUUUCUCGAUCUCAAACUGCUCCGGCUGUUUUAUCGUGCAGCAGCAAGGACAGCAACUCUCAUAAAGAUGAUGGCUUGUUCAAAGCCCCUCCACCGCCGCCCAAAGUCAUUAAGUCAGAGACUCUCCCCACGCGACUCAACCAGGAUAUUGUCACUGCGCUCAAAUGCAGAAAGGAGCACAAGGAGCUGUACACGGUGGUGCAGCAUGUGAAGCACUUCAAUGACGUAGUGGAGUUUGGAGAGAAUCAAGAGUUCACAGAUGAUUUUGAGUACUUGGAGACAGGGCUGAAGAGCAGUCAGCCACUCAACACAAGAUGCCUUAGUAUAAUCAGCCUGGCCACACGGUGUGCCAUGCCUGGUUUCAGGAUGCACCUGCGGGCCAGAGGGAAAGUGGCACAGGUCUUCAAAAUGCUCAGUGAUGCUCCACAACACCCGAACCUUGGUCUGUGCACGGCGUCUCUGAUGUACAUUCUGAGUCGGGAUCGUCUUAACAUGGAUCUGGACAGAGCCUGUCUUGAGCUUAUGAUCAAGCUGCUAGAACUGGACCAGGACUACUCUGCUCACCAGGAUCAGCUCACUGCAAAGGAGGUGGAAAAAGUCAAGGAGAAGAUCAGGAAGCUGUGCGAGACCGUGCACAACAAGCACCUCGACUUGGAAAACAUCACGACGGGCCACCUUGCCAUGGAGACAUUGCUCUCUCUAACCUCCAAGAGAGCCGGGGAUUGGUUCAAAGAAGAACUGCGACUACUGGGCGGUUUGGACCAUAUUGUAGACAAAGUUAAAGAGUGUGUGCAGAACCUGAGCCAAGAGGAUGACAAGGAGAACCUUGUAGCGUCUUUAUGGGGGGCUGAGAGGUGUCUGAGAGUACUUGAAAGUGUGACAGUGCAGAACCCAGAAAACCAGGGUUACUUGAUUGCCUACAAAGACUCACAACUCAUUGUCUCCUCUGCCAGAGCUUUGCGGUACUGCGAGGAUAUGAUUCAGCGAUACAGCAGGGCGUUAAACAACAGCUCUCUGUCAUUGUCGGGUGCAGCGCUGCCCCACUGCAGCUUCAGUAACGUGGGCAAGGCUGUGGAGGACUGCAUGAGGGCCAUCAUAGGAGUGCUGCUCAACCUUACCCACGACAAUGAGUGGGGAAGCACUAAGACAGGUGAGCAGGAACAGCUGACCGUAACUGCUCUGAAUUGCGUUCUCCGAGUUCCACGCUACAUCCCCCACGAGCAGCGCUUUGACGUGCGAGUACUGGGUCUGGGUCUGCUAAUUAACCUUGUGGAGUAUAGCUCCAGAAACCGCCACUGUCUGGUGGACAUGGAGUACACCAUCGAUGACACCUGUCUGGAAGACAGCCUGAUGCAGCCUGCUGACCAAACCCAAUCUGACACAGCGGCAGCGUCGGCACCGCCAAGCACAGCUGAGACUCAGGGAGACGGAGCUGUCAGACCCAAGGCCUCUGGUGCUUUGGCUGCACUGGUGCAGCUCUUCCUGGAGAGGGAGCGCGCUGCCAUCCUGGCUGAGGCUAAGACUGACGAUCUCAUCAGUGAGGCGCCCAAGCCGGCACUGGACCAAAGCGGAGAGUGGCAGGAGACAUCGGGAGAGAUCCAGUGGGUGGCAGCCGAAACCAACGACAGCCAAACUGAAAAGAAAGAGGAGGAGAAGAAAGAGGAGGAGGAUGAAGAGUUGGAUCUAAAUAAAGCUCUGCAGCAUGCAGGCAAGCAUAUGGAGGACAGUAUUGUUGCCUCGUACACUGCUCUGCUACUGGGCUGCCUCUGCCAGGGAAGCCAGACAAAUGCAACUACUGUAAGAGAGCAUCUCCCUAAAGGGGAUUUCUCCAUCAUGACAGAAAUGCUGAAGAAGUUCUUGAGUUUCAUGAACCUCACUUGUGCGAUGGGCACCACAGGACAGAAGUCCAUCUCACGGGUCAUUGACUACCUGGAGCACUGUUAACAGACAGCCAGACGGGGAACUCUCAGUCUGCACGUUUAAAAGGAUCCCAGAAUAUACUGGUGCCCCCUACCCAACAGGAGCCACACAAGGUCAUUGGAGACUCGGCAGCAUUGCUUUGACUUCACCAGAUCACCAAAUGCUGUGAUCACUCUGAAUUGUUACAGAUAAACCCCCCUCUCUGGAGCACAGCCUGAACCAAAGCCCUGCUAGCUGACAGACAUGCAGAUUUCUUCCGUUCCACUCAACUUAACGCCACAUUCAAAGUCAGAAGAUUCAUCCUCGGGUUACUGGGAAUCAGCCAGGGGCUAGGCUAAAGUUUAAAAACACUGUAAUGUUUGGAAUGUCAGACUUGAAGACGGACUCAAAGAAGACCUCUUCUUAAAAUGUCCCAAAAGUCACAGGCCACUGAGGUGAAGUCUCCUGUCCCACUGCCUGCUCUCGAUUCCUGGUAGCUUAGCUGGAGUGUGAACCUCUGAAUCAAAUUUUAUGGAUCAUUGCAUUUUAAUCUUUACUCAUCCACAUCAAAUCAAUGGGUGAAAUCCUUGAUUAGCAUGAAAAACAAUCAGUUUCAUGGAUGUUAGAAUGAUGUCUCUACGUGUAAACUGGUGUGGAAUGAUUUUGUAUGCAUACUUUCAUUUACCUAAAUUGUUGUAGUUGGUUUGAAUGUUUAAGGGAAGGAGAGUGUUUUUUUUUUUUUUUUUUUAAUCUUUGAUUUUUAUGGUCUCAUUCUGCAAUCUGUGCGAGUUUUCUUAUGUUUUUAGAUUUUUCUUUUUUCCUUGAGGGCAUUUUUUUCCCCACACUAAUUGAAUGAAAUACUUUGAAAGAAAUCAGGACUGUGUGACAUACCGACUUUGAUAGCAUGUCCUUUAUUUGACUUAUAAUGGCACUUGGAAAUGACACGCUAUUGUGAAUUUUAGAUUUUCCUUCUCACCCAUUAUCAUUUUGGUCAUAUUUUAUACUUUAUACUUUUUAGCUUAUUUAAAGUCCAAUUAAUUCAAGAGUAUGUAAUUACAGUAUGCAUUGAAACUCACAGGUAUAACAGAUGUGAUGAAUUACUCAUAAAAUUGAUGGUUGUGCUUCCUUUUUGAAUUUGUAAUGAAGUUUUUUUUUUUUUUUUUUUUUUUUUUUUUUUUAAAUGUAUUUAAUUUAAUGCUUUCUCCUUCUUUGUAAAUGCCUAGUGAGAUGCCAUUUGUGUCUCAAGUUCCACACCAUGAUUCAUUAAAAUGUAUCCCAUGUGACACAGCUCAGUGGUUGGACAUGAUUACAUGUAUGUUACAGAAUUUGCUUAAUAUGGUUUCGGCUUGAACGUGCAAAAUUUCAACAACUUGCAUUUAAUAAAAUAAGAAAUGCUUUUUAUUCUCAUGUUAAUUGGCAUGGGGUAAUUUCCUGAUGGUUUCUGUAUGUCCAGCCACUUGUAGCUUCAUGUUUUUACUCUCAUGGUGUCAUGAUGUGUAUGCAUUAGACAACCUUCAUUAAGCUCCCAUUAAUUUAUUCUUUUAUGGUGUCAUUUUACCUGUAAUGAUGAUGCAGAUGAUCCUUCAAAACUCUUGUCUUGUACUGCUCACAUGUACUUAUCACUGAUUUGAAUGACAGCCAUACCUGUAUAAGCAGAUUAGUUUUAUCUGGUUUGUAGGGCUGCAGUUAACAUGGUUGAAACUGUGUUUACUGUUAAUUACUUUGCAAAACUCUGGUCUGAAUGGAAUUUUAGAAUGUAAAUACUCCUGUAUAUAGUGGUUAAUGGACAUUUAAAAAUGAGUAGACUACUUUUUUCCCUGAAGCUGAUAUUUUUAUUUUAUACAAUAUUUCUGAGUUGUCAUUUGAAAAAAACAAAUUGCAGGAAGAGGAAAAAAGAAUAUUUGUACCCGUUUCAAGGACAUUGUCUUUGGUUACAUGUAAAAAGUUGUAUCUCAAAAAGAAAAAAAAAAAACAGUUGCUACUUUCAGUACA